CCAAGUACUACAUCAUAGCGACGCAGCGACCGAUAUACAGAUAUCAAGAUGAAGCUUACAAUCUAUCUGGCAGUAUUUUUCUUGUUGAAAAUGGACGCAGCCUUCCAAGCAAAUGGAAGACAAAUUCCAAGCGGCGGCGGCGAUGGUGAAAGCGGAGGUUGUUCUGGUAACGGCGGUCGUGGCGGCCGCGGUGGUCGGGGCGGCGGUGCUGGUUUAGACGGCGAGCCCGGUAAAAGUGGCAGUUCUGUUGGUGGCGGUUGUGAUGGUCGUGGCGGCAGUGGCGGUCGAGGUGGUCGAGGUGGUCGAGGCGGCGGCGAUGGUUUAGACGGCGAGCCCGGCGGAAGUGGAAGUAUUUUCGACGGCGGCCAUGGUGGUCGUGGCAGCAGUGGUGGCCGUGGUGGUCGAGGCGGCGGUGAUGGUUUAGACGGCGAGCCCGGUGGAAGUGGAAGUGUUUCUGGUGGUGGCAAUGGUGGUCGUGGCGGCCGUGGCGGCCGUGGCGGUGGCGGCCGUGGUGGUGACAGCGGCAGUGGCGGCCGUGGCGGCCGUGGCGGUGGCGGCCGUGGCGGUGGCGGCCGUGGCGGCCGUGGUGGUGACAGCGGCAGUGGCGGCGGUGGCGGCGGUGGUGGUGGGGGAGGCUGUUGAGGGCAGUAGUAGAAUAAAGGCUUAAAUGAUUAGCGGAUACGCAUAGCUGAUGGGGCGAAUACAAAAAUACAUGCCAAUUUUAACUAGCAAACAUCGCGGAAUGUUCUAUUGCAAUGUGUAUAUGUGUGUAAUA